GCUGUAUCUGCUCAACACCAAGCUCUAUCGACCUACCUCUGAGCUUCUCUCGUCAUCCAUCUGCCAAACCACAACAUCAACAACCACAGCACCAACGCCCAACAGCGAACAACGUCACCGUUCUCGAUUUUUCCGGGCAACUGCCGAUACCGCACUGUGCGCUGAAAACAAUCACAUACUCCGAACGACAGCGACCGCCUCCAUCAUGGGUUCCGACCCCCAGUACGCGAAGUGGCCAUUGCUGCCUCUGUCGCAGCACGUUUUCACCCUCACAAACGGCUAUGCCACCAAAAAUGCGCAACAAGCUGCUGUAAAGGCCCUUCAAGAUGCCAUCGCACAGGACAAGAUGGCUCCUUUCUACCGAUAUCUCGCCCAUCCACUCGAUGGCGUCCUUAACACUCUUGGCGAGGGCGGCUCUUCCGCUCCUGGACGACCGCUCAGCAGAAAGUCCAGUCUUGUUGGAAUGAUUGCUACUAAGCCUGCCACUACCAUCGUCAGUCUUCCCUGGGACGAGGGCCUUUACAACCAGUUGAAGGAAGACAAUGACCGGGAGCUGGAAGAGUUCCAGAAAGAGGAGGAUGACGCUGUUGAGCAAGCUGGUGAUACCGAGGUCAUGGCUGCUCAGGGGAAGCGAGCUGAGUUCUGGGCUCGUGUAGGAGAUAAGGACAAGGCCAUUGCCGCCUAUGAGAGCCUCUCCGAAAAGACGGGAAUCCUCGGUACCAAGAUCGACGUCGUCCUCGCCAUAAUACGCAUGGGCCUCUUCUAUGGCGACAAGCCUCUUGUCAAGAAGCACGUCGAGCGCGCCAAGACACUCGUCGAAUCAGGCGGUGACUGGGACCGCCGCAACCGUCUCAAGGCCUACGAGGGUCUGCACCUACUCACACUUCGCUCCUACAACCUCGCCGCGCCUCUACUGCUCGACUCUCUCUCCACAUUCACCAGUUACGAACUAUGCACCUAUUCCAACCUCGUCGUGUACUCCGUCCUUGCUGGUUCAGUCUCUCUCAAGCGAGUCGAUUUCAAGUCAAAGGUUGUAGACGCACCUGAAAUCAAGGCUAUUCUGGGUGAUGGUGAGGACAAGCUUCUUGCUCUGAGUGGUGCCCUCAGCGCUGGCCCUGGUGCUGAUGACACUGCCGGUGCGAAGGCCCCAAAGACGGCCACCGCUGCUGUCAACCUGACCACGUUGGGUACCAGCACGGAGCAACCUGAAGCUGAAAUGGCCAUUGACUUUAGCCCUCUAGCGCUGCUCGUUAGUAGUUUGUACAACGGAAACUAUAAGACCUUCUUCAAGUCUCUGGCUGAGGUUGAGGAGCAGUUCCUAAACCAGGACCGCUAUCUUCAUGAGCACAAGAACUGGUUUAUUCGGGAGAUGCGACUUCGCGCCUAUCAGCAGCUUCUUCAGAGCUACAGAGUUGUUGGGCUGGAGAGCAUGGCCAAUGACUUCGGAGUCACAGUUGACUUCCUCGACCGUGACCUCGCCCGCUUCAUCGCAGCUGGGCGUAUCCCCUGCACCAUCGAUCGCGUGACAGGCAAGGGUGUGAUCGAGACAAACCGCCCCGAUGACAAGAACAAGCAGUAUCAGGAUGUUGUGCGACAGGGUGAUCAGCUCAUCACAAAACUACAAAAGUACGGCCAGGCUGUGCGACUGAGGGGUAGUGAGAGGGCAUAAAUGAGGCGAUUUAUAGAUGAGGAAGCUGGUGCUUGGCCUUUGUCAUGCCGUAACUAGUGGGGGAAUAAAGCGAAGAGACAGAGAAUAAGCCCAUGCCUUUACCUAUUUCCUUGACUGCACAGUGCAGUACAGUACAGAUAUGAUAUGAUGUGUUUAUGUUAUGGAUUAGACAAGCCAUUGCGGCAAUAGUCUUAGUAGAUUGGCUGGGUCCCGGUGAGGAGAGCCUGAAAAAUGGGCUGAUCUGAUAUCAUACCGCUUCCACACCGAGGUGACUGACAACUGCACUGCGGAGUUACGUUAGCC